AUGAAAGAGUGUAGUGCGCAAAUCUCUGUUCCACUUUCAAUCAUUUUUGAAAAAUCUAUUGGGUCUGGUAAAUUACCAAAGGAUUGGAAAACAGCUAGAAUUGUUCCAGUUUUUAAGAAAGGAUUAAGAACUACAGCAGGAAAUUAUAGACCUGUAAGUUUAACUAGUAUACCUUGUAAGAUAAUGGAAUCUCUUAUAAAAGACAAGAUGUGGGCUCACCUAAAAGAAAACAACCUUCUAUCCUGGAAUCAACGUGGCUUUAUGACUGGAAAAUCAUGUCUCACAAACCUACUGGAGUCCUUUGAGAUCAUCACCAAAGAGCUUGAUAGUGGGAAUGAUGUUGAUAUUCUAUAUUUAGAUUAUCAAAAAGCCUUUGAUUCGGUGCCACAUAAAAGAUUGAUCCUGAUGUUGAGUGCUUAUGGAUUUGAUGGUAAAUUGAUAAAGUGGUUGAAAAACUACUUAUGUGAUAGAACACAAACGGUAUCUGUUAAGAAGUGA